GAUUUUCUUGUGCACAAGUCAUGAUCAUGAAUUUCCCCAACUUUCUUUCCUUAUCAUAAUUCCAUGACAGCCUCACUGGACCACGGGAAAUCUUAUUCAUCUAACUCAAUCUCGGAUGCGACGAGCGAGAGCGGAACCCAGCUCAAUACCGACUCCCGGCAGAUUCAUGGACGACGACGACGCCGCCGCAGGGGAGGAAAAGACAGGAAGCUAUCUGUGGGUGGCGAAGGUGGUUUGGAGGCUGGAAAUGGGCCUCUUGGUCAUGGAGAGCAGCGGACUAUUGUAGAAGAAGCGGAAGAACAUCCAUCAGAGGCCGUCCUCAACGAUUCAAAAGGGAGCGACAGCUCCUCGCCUCCCACCACAAAGGCUAAGAGCGGCAAUGGCGACCUGAAGUUGAGAUUAGAUAUCAAUCUGGAUGUGGUGUUAGAACUGAAGGUCAAGAUUCAUGGAGAUAUAACACUGACUUUACUGGUGCGUGUAUUGAAUUCUGACGGCAACAAAUGAACUGUAUCUUCAAACAGUAAUUUCAACGUCGUCGAGUUUUGCAUAUGAAAAUUCUCAACUCCUCGACGCCUCCAGAAUGAACCUAGCUCUGCCAUGCCACUACUUAUUUUCAGACAUUUUUCGGUUAUCUCGGGACUUUGUAUCGUGAAUCAUAUUUGAUGCCUCGAUCGUGCGGGUCGUAGGCCUUGCCACGACUCGUUUGCGACCCUGGUCUGAAAGGACUAUCACGGAAAAUAACAUACGAGCACACAGAAGGUGAUCAUCUCAGCCGCAAGAAGCCCAAAGUGUUGCACUGUCAAGAGUAUAGGUGCACCAACCUUUUCUUAGUUGAAGAAAUUGGGAGACGAGAUGGUCGUUUUAGAGCAAGGGGAUGUGCGCCGACGUCUGACGUGCUGGCCGCAGCUGGACUGGCAUGACAUCACUUACACGCACAUUUGUGACAUCCGUGACAUUUGUGACCACCCAUCGUUUCAUGAACUCAUACAAGCU